AUGUUUACCGUAUCCGUGGUGGUGAUGGCGGUCGCAGCUUCCGCUCACACUGGUAAGACUGACCAACGGCCAUCGACCAGCGGUACCGAUUUUACGGGGCUUUACUCUGGUUUACAAACUGUCGACGAGCGAAUCGUAAGGCAACCCAGGCAAUUCGAAGAAGUCGAACCAGCGGCACGAAAAGUGCCACGUGGCGAUUAUGAUUAUGAGUCUAGACAACGACCGACUGGACGAGGAAGGAAUGCCCGACGCCGGCGACCGCUUGGCCACGGACACGUACAAGACAGCCUUACGUCUGAUUACGAAAAUAUUGAUUCCAUUCCUUACCGUGGUGGUCCAGUUGGACGUGGCAGUGAUAGAGAAAGUGGUAGAGGUCUUUUAGGAAGGGGAGGAUUAGGAAGAGGUGGUUUAGGGAGGGGCAGAUUAGGAGACGGCACAUUAGACGAGGAGAGGCAAGGAGGUGGAUUAGGAAGAGGUGGUGCACUUGGAAGGCUGCUGAAUUUAUUCGGAGUCGGCGGCGGAAGAGGAGGCAAAGGCGGAGGCGGUAUUGGAGGUCUUCUGAACCUGCUUGGACUCUUUGGAUGA